AUGGCGGAGCCGAAGCAGAGACCAUCUCGCCCAGGAGUGUCCCGAGCGUUGACUCCGGGACCCGAAAAGUCUGAUCAUUCGCAGAGAGGAGUAUGCGUGUUUGACUGCCGACCCAAAAGUACAGAAGCUACUGGGAGAGUAAUAGACAUCCGUAACCUGGACUACAAUGGCUUUCUAAAAGCUGUGUCCAAGGAGUUUUCUAUCGCCCGCAACGAAACCUUCGUCCUAACAACAACGGAUAGAAGAGAGAUUGGUACAGACAUAUUUGAUCAACUCGAGGAUGGGAAGACGCUACACCUUCUGCAUUCGGUGGAUCAGGUGUUGCCCAUGGCAACCCAGGAACGCAUCGAGUACCUGCCGCACUACCACACGCUUGUGCAGAGCGGCAUGUAUGAGUACUACGCCAGCGAAGGACAGAAAUCACUUCCGUACGCCUUUGCUGAGCUCAUUGAUAACGCCCUCUCAGCCACAGCAGACAACACUGGAGUCAGGACGAUUGACAUCCGACUGUUGUUUGAUGAAUCCCAGGGGAAGCCAGCAGUGGUUGUACUGGAUAAUGGUCGCGGCAUGACCUCCAAACAGCUGAAUAACUGGGCUGUUUACAGACUGUCCAAAUUUACACGUGACAACGGCACUUUCCAGAGCGACCACACGGGUUACAGUCGGCCCAAUCCGGUUCCACGCAGUCUGAACAGCGACAUCUCAUACUUUGGCGUCGGGGGCAAACAGGCUGUGUUCUAUAUCGGACAGUCAGUCAGGAUGAUCAGCAAACCGGCUGGCUCUCCAGAUGUCCACGAAUUUGUCAUGUCCAAGGAAGACUUUGAGCGGAAGGAGAAAAACAAAGAGGAAAUUUACAGCGGCGUCAUCCUGAAUAGAAAUCCUGGAGUCUGGUCUCAUGUGAACAGUGCUGAAGAGCCUUUCUUGCAGUCGUUAAUUCAGGAGGAGGUCGGGAAAGAGAGUUUCACAGCAGUGGUUAUAACAGGCAUCCAGCCCGAACACAUCACCUAUCUCAAACAGCACUUUAGCAUGUGGACCAGGGAGCUCGCACAUAUUUAUCAUUACUACGUUCACGGCGUUACUGGAAAUGACCUGAGAGAUCCCAGCGGCAAAUCUCCCUCCAACAUCGACAUCCAGAUCUCUCUGGUGGAGAAGUCUCCUCGGCUGCCUCGGCUGGUGAACCUGAGGGAGGUGGAUAAUGACAUGCAGACUCUGUAUGUGAGCUCCAGUGUGGCUGUGUUUGAGUUUAAAGCUUCUGCAGAGGGAGAUGCUGCUGUGGAGGGACUGCUGAGAUAUCACCCUUUCCUCUACGACAGAGAAACCUAUCCUGAGGACCCCUACGCCAUGCCAGGCCCAGCUGAUGAUGAUGAUGAAGAGUGUGUGGUGUUGAAUGCAGAGGGCCGGGGGAAGAGGCCAAUCUUUGAAUGUUUCUGGAAUGGGAGACUGAUUCCUUACACCACUGUCUCAGAGUUUGAGUGGUGUGCAAGGCCUAAGAAGGGAGCGUCUGUGCCUUUGGAGUGUUAUAACAGGAUCUCUGGCGUUCUCUUUGCCAACGAUCGCUUCCAGGUCAGCACAAACAAGCUAACGUUUAUGGAUCUGGAGCUGAAGUUAAAGGAUAAAGAGACCAUUUUCACUCGCGUGGUUAACGGCCAGGAGCAGAGAGUGAAGAUCCAGCGAGAGUUUGUCGCUUGGUUGAAGGAUUGCCAUGAGCACUUUGAUAAGCAGGUGAAGUUCAUGGGUUUUCAGGGUGUGACAUCACGUUCCGACGUGACUACAAAGAGACUCCAGUCUCCCUGGGCGUGUUUCCGAGCCAUCCGAUGGGACGGCAAGACUUUUAAAAGUGGAGACUAUGUGAAGUCAGUGAAGACCCAGCCGAUCCUGUUUGGUUCUAUAGUUCAGUUCCUCUUGUACGGCCACCAUGAGGGAGAUGUUUAUGCCACAGGGGGCCACGUUCAGAUCUCCAUGGAACCGAAAGAAUUGUAUGAUGAAGUACGAAUCAUCCCAAUCACGAAGAUCGACCGACAGGUUUCUACUGCUGCUAUAAAGAGGAACAUUGAGGAAGAACUAGCCAAGCUGCCAGUGAAACUGGAGAUUUCCUGGCCAGAGGGAAACCCAUGGCCCGAGAAUAGUGCUCGGCCAGCAGGAACACUCAUGGGUCCAAUCAAAGUGGAGAUUCUGAAUAAGAAAGGAGAGUCUAUGUCCCGAUUGCCAGUGGCCAAUAACAGUGCAGCACGGAAACUUCUGAUCGACCUCAAAGUCAUCUGGCACUCCCCUAAAGGAGACGUCCAGACUAAUUCACACAUAGCCAUGUACUCCUCCAAAUGGGACUACUGGUUCAAAAAAAUGGAGAACCUGACCAAGUUGGGGAAGUACACACUCCGCCUACAGACAAUACUGAAUGAGAAUAACUCCAGUGAAUGGGCAGGGAAGUGCCUACCUCAUUACACACUCAACUUUACCAUAACAGAGGGCAAUGCUGAGGCAUUUGUCCUGGGUGUAGUUCCUACUCCUGUCCAUGUGGGGGUGCCAUUCUCUCUUUCCCUGGAGUUCAGGGAUGAAUUUGGUCAUCUAGCCCAACCUCCCUCCGACAUCAAACCUCAGCUAGAGUGUAGCUCCCUGGAAGUGACCUCUGAGAAAACAGCUGUUAAGGGAACAACUUUUACCAUCAAAGACAUUAGAAUGAGGGGCACAGUGAAGAACCAUCUUAACAAGACGCACACACUGAAGGUUGUCAUACCAGGACUCAAACAGGACUCUCAAACAACAGAGCUGAAUGUGCAUCCUGGCCUACCACAUACACUGGUUGUGUUACCAGAUGAUGAUGUUGUCACCAUAGAGAAUGGAACACCAGUAGGAUUCAGAGUGGAAGUCCGGGAUGAGUCCAGUAACGUCACCACGCACAGCAAACUUAUUGUCCGCUGCCAGUUACAAGGACUACCCGAUUUGCUCGUGGAUGCUGUUGACUGCAGUAACACAGGCUCUGGGCAGUUGUUUGGGAAACCAGUACAAGUGAACAACAUCAAAGAAGAAAAAAUUCUCACAGCCAAGUUUGACAUCCCUAGUCAGCAGGCAGUUGCAUGCGUGGAGCGGACUUUGCGUGUUCUACCCAGCACACGUGUGUCACGCAUAGAAGUACACAGACGGGAUGAUGGCUCAGAUGAUGUCAUGGUACUGCAGAAUUUGGAGCGCAUUGAUUGGACAGCGGGCGACACCCUUGGAUCUCUAUGCUACAGACUGUUUGACGAGGGGAACCGACUCGUACCCAUCACACCCAAAUUGGCCCCCAAGAUAAAGGUGAACUGGACGGCAAGUAUGAAGGUGGCAGAAUUGGCACAGGGCCAGCUGCCGUCUGUGUGUGUUCCCACUCUAGUGCAAGGGGAACAUUUCUACCAGGUGUCAUUCCAGGAUCAGUUCACCGUCAACACUUCCUUCAUUAUAGUGCCUAGAGCAGAUGAGCCUGAUCGUCUCAGAGUCUCACUUUGUGAGUCUACAGUCAGAAUGGGUGACACUCUCUCAGGAAACAUCUAUGUGGAUGUCGUCGAUCAGUAUGGAAAUAAGACAGACACUCUGAAUGCUGAGAACAUGAAGAACGUCAGUGUCUCUGCUGAUGGACUCGACACAGCAACUCUAACUAUGGAGUGGCAGGAGAGCGGGUCGUGUGUGCUGGUGCAUGGAGUGAGGUUCAUGAGAGGAUCGCCCGGCCAGAGGGAUUUAUGCUUUAAAUAUCAGGGCUUUGAGGAGUUCGCUAGGAUCAAAGUCACCGCUGGACAGCCAACCACUAUCACUUUACUCGAUCCUCCUGAGCUGCCAUUGCAGGUGUUGAAUGGUCAUGGUUUGGACACACCCUUCGUGCUUCAGCUGAGUGAUGAAUGGGGAAACCCUUCCCCUGACCAGAGGGUCAUCAUAGCCAUGAGAACUCGAUCUCCGCAGCUUAAGAUAAAGUCAUCGGUGAUGUCCCGGCCUGUGGAUUCAGAUGGGAGAGCCUGCUUCAUGCUGGAGACAGUCACAGCGCCAAAGGGGCAGUAUGAAUUGGAGUUUAGGGGUUCCUUCAGUAAGAGCAGCAUUGCGGGUCCUGUUGUGAAGCUGAAUGUCAUUCCUGAUCCCAAUAAACCUGUGAAACUGACCAUCGAAUAUGACAGCAAAGCCAUGUUACCAGCAGGGGGCACACUCACAGAUUUUAAAGUGACUGUGCUCUCUGAAGAAGGCGGCAUUGUACCAAACAUUAAUCCUGCCAACAUAUCGAUGUUGCUUUGGAAGGGUUCGUCUACGGGAUCUCGACCACCACAAGGAGCCACCACACUACGGUGUAGUAAACCAAAGGAUACCGAAAAAGACGACUGCUUUUAUUUCAGAGAUAAAGCGAUCCCUGAGCGUGUGGGGAAGUACACUGUGCAGUUUGUGCUGUGUUUGGACAAAACCAAAGCCCUGUGGAGCCACCAGUAUGAGUUAAAUGUUGUUCACGGUAAGCCAGUCAAGUUGGUCCCGGAUACUCCACCCUCAACGCCUGUGGUCUCCAAUAGCAACACCCUAGCCAGUCGUACGCUGGUGGAAAGCUUGUGUCUGAAGAUAAUGGAUGACUAUAAUAACCCGGCGGGUGAGGGCAUUGACGGACAUGUGGUUGUCACGGUGAGGAGUUGUGGCGGGGGCCGUGUGAGGGACCUCCCUGUGUUUGAGGGAAAAACCUCGAGUCGUCGGUACACUCUCACUAAUGGAGAAGCACUUAUCACAGGCUUGGCUCUAAUGGAGAACAGUCCGGGAAUUGACGGAGGGGAGUAUAUUCUGGACUUCAGCCUAGAUAUCCCGAGAUUUGAACCCAGAAUUUCUCUGGCACCAUUUCUACUGCCCUUCAGGUUUUAUAACGAUGUGGAGAACCAGAAGAUCAUGGCGACACUCAGUAAGAGGAAAGAUCGUCUGUCUCAGUCUAUAGACAUCUACAGAGAACUGUUUGACACCAACAAACAGCUCAUCCACGAACUGCAGAAUCAGGUUCACAAUGCAGGACAAAAGGAGGCUCAGUUGGAGGCAGACCUCAGGAUGAAUGAUUUAGAUAUAACACAACUCACCAGUGAAUCUGCUGUUAAAGCUGUGAUCAGUCAGAAGCAGGCAGCGCUGGAGAGGAUUAAGAGUCAACCACGUCGAAAAUGCACCAUGCCAGACCCCUUCAGAGGCAGCCCCAACGUCCUCGGAAAGAUAGCGCAUUUAGCCCUCGUGGAAGAUGACGACGUGGCAAAGGUCAUAUCCUGGCAUCUCCUGGGUGACAUGGACUGCGUGGUCACCGUGACGACCGCCGCGGCACGGAGAAUCUACGACGACACGCAGGGUCGACAGCAGGUCAUUCCCUUAGAGACAGUUUUCUGGAGACCCAGCAACAGGCCGUUGCCUCACAUCAGGAAUGGUGUGAAUUUGUUUCAUCCGGUGGGGAAUCCCGUGUUUGUGAGAGAUCUGCUGAUUUUCCCUAAACAUGCAGAAAACUGCAACAUGGUUUUCUCCAGCCUGUUGGGAGACACCAUCCUGAUGGAUGACCUAGACUCUGCUAAUGAGUACCGCAAAAGGGUCGUACAGAGUAAGGUACAGUGUCCUACGCUACUCACAAGGCAGGGGGAUCGUAUCCGUAGCAACGGCAAGUUCGGAGGUUUGCAGAAUAAGGCCCCGCCCAUCGAAAAGCUGAGAGGACAGGUGUUUGGAGCACCGCUCCCAAAAGAAUACCACACCAUACAGAAGCAUAUAGAGUUACUGCAGCAGUACUGCUUGGCGCGACAGAAGGCUGGAGAGGUGAAGUCUGAGUACGACUGUCAUGUGCUGUACAUGCAGAGCCCCGAGAUGAGAAAGAAAGAGCAAGAACUCCACCAGCAAGAGGCACAGCUCAGAGACAUCGAAAAAACACUUGCUAGUACUCCGGUGAGAGUGUCUCCCGGCUCAACCAUAAAACGACCCGCAGCAGAGACGGACGAAUCAGCUCACACUCCGUCCAAGAGGGCGCGGCGUAAAGCACGGAGACUUCAGGGUAGGCAGCUUCCUGAAUAA